AUGCACACUUGCUCAUCUUCUAUUGCACCUAUUCUUUCAAGUGAGAAACUCUCUAAAGCUCAGUGUCCUCAGGAUGACAAAGAAAGGACUGAAAUGGAAAAGAUUCCAAAUAGUUCUGCAGUUGGGAGCUUGAUGUAUGCUCAAGUAUGCACUCGUCCUGAUAUAACAUUUGCUAUUAGUGCCCUUAGUAGAUACUUGAGUAAUCCUGGAUGGAGCCACUGGAAAGCUGCAAAGAAAGUUAUGAGAUAUUUGAAGGGUACUAAGAAUUAUAUGUUGACUUACAAAAGAUUUGACAAUCUGGAAGUCAUUGGGUACUCUGAUUCUGACUUUGCAGGCUGUGUAGAUGAUAGAAAAUCUACUUCUGGUUAUAUCUUCAUGAUGUUUGGAGAAGCUGUUUCUUGGAAAAGUGUCAAAUAA